UCUGUGAUGCUGUGCAGUGUUUCAGCUCCCAGAGCCUUCCUCCUCCCUCCCUGUGUAGAGUGGGGAGGAGGCGGGUUCUGCUGAGCUGUUAAAUCCUGAGUGAAGUUUCCCCCAUUUCCAGUGGCCACUGCUGUCUGAGGCUGGUUCGGGCAAGGGCUGGGGUUACCCUGACAUUUCUGGGACCGCAGCCAGACAAGAAGGGAAAAAGACAAGCCAUCUACCAUUUGCUUUUGUGGAAGCGUGGAGAAAGGGGAAAGGGAAGCAUUCUCUUUUUUUUCAGCAUCACAUUCCUCUGUUUUUCUUCAGCCUGGAAAAUAUAUUAAUGCUGGUGAUUUCCUCUCUGGAAACAAAGGAGCUAAACGAGACUGAGGAAACAAGGAGUGGGAAGGAGGCUUGGGAAGUUUAAAAGAGAGAGACUCGGAGCACCCAGGAGUUACCGUUUCUUAAUGAAAUCCCUGCCUGUGUGGGUAACCAGUACAGCAAAAAGCCAGACUUGCAGGUAAAUGGAGAAGCAAAGAUCCCAAAGGAAAUUUCCGCUAACCUCAUCCCACUUCUCAAGAAGGUGAAGAAAAAAGGAAGUUAUAAGAUACACGGGGGAGACGGGCAGGCUCUGGGACCUGUUGGGCUGCGUAAAGAUAAAUCACAGCAGCAAAGCUGUAUGGCACUGGUCUCCUUUUAAAGGAGAAAGACGUGAAACCUCGUCCCUGGAAGGGGAACUUCCCUGAGAGUCAGAUUUCACAAUGAACUGGAGGCCAGCUCUCAGCUUAGCCCUGCUGUGGGCAGCAUGGCUAGUGUGCAGCUCCGAGAGGACAGAGAGGCUAGCGGAGGGAGGGAGCCACGGAGUUAGGAAAGUGCCCCUGGCUUACAAGGCUCCAAGCAGCCUCCUGAAAAGGUCUGGAGCACCCCUGAGGGAUUCAAGUGCGAAUCCCCGACACCCUGUCACCAAGAGGGAUUCUUCAGGACCUCCAAACCCACCUGCCAAUCUCCUGCAAGGGGAAGCACAUUCCCAGGUCAGGGCCAUGGGGACCAGAACGAGAUGGGUACAGAGACUCACAGCUACAGCCAAAUACUCCAAGUCUGGGAUGAUUAAGGAUGAAGGGAUAUCCUCUGCCUCACAGUCACGGGUGGCACGCUUCCCUUCAGGGUCAAGUUCCCCCAACAUCCUGGCCAGCUUUGCUGGGAAAAAUCGGGUGUGGGUCAUUUCUGCUCCCCAUGCCUCUGAGGGCUACUACCGGCUCAUGAUGAGCCUGCUGAAAAACGAUGUUUACUGUGAACUAGCCGAGAGGCACAUCCAGCAGAUUGUGUUGUUCCAUGAAGAAGGGGAAGAAGGGGGAAAAGUCAGAAGGAUAACCAAUGAAGGAAAAAUCCUGGAGCAGCCACUAGAUCCUGCCCUCAUCCCUAAGCUCAUGAGCUUUCUGAAACUGGAGAAGGGGAAAUUUGGCAUGGUGCUGUUGAAGAAAACUCUGCAGGUGGAGGAAAGGUACCCUUAUCCAGUCAGGUUAGAGGCCAUGUAUGAAGUCAUUGAUCAGAGCCCCAUCAGAAAAAUCGAGAAGAUGAGGCAGAAAGGCUUCGUCCAGACUUGCAAAGCAGCAGGGGUAGAGGGACAAGUGGUUGAGGAAAGCAACAGUGGGGGCAGCACCCAGCCUACCCCUGGUGGUGGACAUGUCCAGGUGUCAGCAAGGAAGGAGGAGCCAAGGAAGAGCAAUAAUCAGCCAACAAGGACCAAAAUGGUGAGGAAACCAAUGACAACCAUAGUGGCCACUCCUCUGCCUACAGUAAGAACCACGACUCUCCCUCCCACCACCACAACUACCCGUGCCACCACCCGCGUAGUGACAACAGCAAGCCGGUCUACAACAACUACACCCCUCCCCACAACACAGAGGACCUGGACCACAAAGUCACAUUCCACCACAGAGUACCACAGGCUUCCAGUAGCGCUAGAUACCACCACACCUCAAGUCACAGCCUCUGAGGAUUUCUACCCUCCUGUGUGGAAGGCAAACCGCAGGGACCGGCAGCGUGGCCACCUGGAGAAGCACCCGGCAGCCACACGGAAACCAAGCAAAGCUGCCCGCUAUGACAGCUCCACUGAAGUCCCAACAGCUCCCUCAGUGCACUACACAAAGGCAAACGUGGGUAGAUUUAAAGAUAAUCGAACUGACAGAAAGGACUAUAACCACAGGGACCUGAAUGUUACACCAGGGCAACACAAACCAACUAAGACUAAACCACCAAAAAAGAAGGCCCAAGAAAAGAUAUUGAACAAUGAAUAUGAAGAUAAAUAUGACCCAAGCAAGCCUUCUAGUUCCCAUUUAGAAGAAGAGUUUACAGUGGGAAAUAUUCCCCCAAAGAAAGGAAAACAAUCAAAGAAGCAUGAGCGAAUGGAUAAACCUGAGAAGAAGAGGAAGAAGGACAGACCUGACAAGCUGCAGAAGAGUGAUAAGCAGUCCAAGAAGGACAAAGCUGAGAAAAAGAGCAAGCAGGACAAAGACCGUAGCAAGAAGAACAAGAAGGGGAGCAGGACUGAGAAUGAGGAUUUCCCCAAGCCCAACAAGAAGCCUUUCCUACAGCCUCCCAGGAAAUCAGUGACUGACCUCCUGGAAUAUUUUGAAGGCAAAAGGCGGCUCAUUCUGAUCACUACACCCAAGGCGGACAAUACCAUGUAUGUACAGCAGCGAGAUGAGUAUCUGGAGAGCUUCUGCAAGAUGGCAACAAGGAAGAUCUCAGUCAUCACAAUUUUUGGCACCAUGAACAACAGCAGCAUGAAAAUUGACCACUUCCAGCUAGAUAAUGAAAAGCCCAUGAAAGUGAUAGAGGAUGAAGAUCUUGUGGACCAGCAGCUCAUCAGUGAGUUGAGGAAAGAGUAUGGGAUGACCUACAAUGACUUCUUCAUGGUGCUGACAGACACUGAUAUGAAGGUCAAGCAAUAUUAUGAAGUACCUAUAGCAAUGAAAUCUGUGUUUGAUUUGAUCGACACCUUCCAGUCACGAAUCAAAGACAUGGAAAGACAGAAAAAAGAGGGCAUUGUCUGCAAAGAAGAUAAGAAGCAAUCCCUUGAGAGCUUCUUAUCCAGGUUCCGAUGGAGAAGGAGGCUGGUGGUGAUCUCUGCUCCCAGUGAUGAGGAUUGGGCUUAUUCCCAGCAGCUUGCUGCUCUCAGUGGACAAGCCUGCAAUUUUGGUCUGCGCCAUAUAACUAUACUCAAAUUGCUAGGACUUGGAGAAGAUAUUGGCGGUGUCUUAGAGUUGUAUCCAAUUAAUGGAAGCUCUACUGUAGACCGAGAAGAUAUCCCAGCUAAUUUGGUGAAAGACAUUAGAAAUUAUUUCCAAAUUAGCCCAGAGUAUUUCUCCAUGCUUCUAGUUGGGAAAGAUGGAAACGUCAAAUCCUGGUAUCCUUCUCCAAUGUGGUCUAUGGCAAUUGUGUAUGAUCUGAUUGAUUCCAUGCAGCUUCGUCGACAGGAAAUGACAAUUCAGCAAUCGCUUGGCAUGCAGUGCCCAGAUGAUGAGUAUGGUGGGUAUGGUUACCAUAGCUAUCACCAGGGAUACCAGGAAGGUUACCAAGAUGAUUACCGUCACCACGGCAGUUACCACCAUGGAUAUCCAUACUGAAAAGUGCAACUUAGUCCCUGACUGCCCAUGUCUGUUUUCUAAUAGUUAUUCAAGCAAUUGGUGGCCACUUACAGAAAAGUCUUCCCAGGCUGCCUAGAUAUCCCUGCCUCGUUCUUCUACUGUUCAAUCAAGGGACUUGUUUUCUCAAAAAUGCAGAAGCCAUUACAGUGAAGCAAUUCAAACCAGUAGUAUUGAAGCUUUAAACAGUAAAUUAAACCUUUAAACAAAGGGCAUCAGCAGGUGCUGUCUGUAUUAAAACCAAACAAAAACCCACCACAACUCCAGUCCAUGGACACUACUGUAGGGCAGAACACGAACUGUCCAACAGAUUUUGCAAUGCUUUUGUUAGUAUUUUUUCUAAGGAGAAAAAAAAAAAAAAAAAGUGUAUUUAUUGGGAAGUGAGAUUGCAUUGUGCUCAUGAAGAGAAGCAAAGAAUCACACUUCAGGACUUUCCCAGAAAAGGAAAAUAUAAGAAGGAAGCAUUUGGCAGGCUCUUUAAUAAUAGCAAUAAUAAUAAUAAAAUCCUUUUGAAGUACCUUAUCUAAAAAGACAGCAUCCCUUCUGUGGUGCAUUAGUAUUGUAAUUAGCUGACAUUAUCAAUGAAAAUGUGAAUUUACAGCUAUGGCAGGAUUUGUUCUAAUAUAAUUCAAUGUAAAGUUCUUAACUACAAAGCUUGCUUUAUGGCCAUUUAUUCUUUUAAUUGGGAUCCAUGUUCUCUUAGGUCCUGCCCACUUGACAGUUAAAUCGAAGGUAAUGAGAGCUAAGUGAAAACACCAACUAUAGCUAGCAUUGUCUGAAAUACAGAAAACUGAAAAGCAGUAUUUUCAUCAGAAAAAUAGGAAACAAAUUCUUAUUCAUGUAUAUUUUAAAUGAGUUGUAACAAGAUCUCUAUAAUAAUGUUCUUAAUUAAACUAUUUCUCUAAAUUUCAAA